GGAGAGUCUGCAUGCCCCCUACCCCAGCCCUCCACCCCCUCUUUACAGGACUGCCAGCCCGUCUAGAGUUAUUCCAGGAAUGCGUUGAACAUGGCUGCCGCGAUGAAGGCGCAGAAAACGGGACUGCUGGAACUUCGAGUGACCGUGGACCGCUGGAUCCGGGUGUUGGCCACACUUACCGAGGACACGCUCACCGUGAACCCCGGCGAGGGCGCAGAGGAGCCCGCCAAGCCCAGCCCGAGUCCCGCUGGCGCUAUCAACGGAGACCCCCCGAACCUCAGCACGUCCCCGGUCCCGGAAACCAUCACCAACGUGAAGCGCACCGUGCGAGUUACCAAGCAAGAUGUUGGAGGACUCGGUAUCAGCAUUAAAGGUGGCAAGGAAAACAAGAUGCCAAUCCUCAUCUCCAAAAUUUUUAAGGGCCUCGCUGCUGACCAGACUGAGGCACUUUAUGUUGGUGAUGCCAUACUGUCUGUCAAUGGUUUUGACUUACGAGAGGCCACACACGACGAGGCUGUGCAAGCGCUGAAAAAAACUGGCAAAGAAGUCAUCCUUGAAGUGAAGUACAUCAAGGAGAUGUCUGCCUUCUUUAAAAGCUCCGGGUCCCCCGGAGCAGCCCUCCCAUGGGAGUCUCCCCCUUCGACACCACAGAGAGUCCCUGAAUGCUCCCCUCCUGAGUUUAAGGAGCCCCGCAGCAUCCCCCUGAAGAUGUGCCAGGUGUCACGAAAACAGUGCCCCCCAGACACAGAAAACAGGUAUUUUGAGGUGGUUUCAUCCAACAGAAAGAACUCUGUGUUCCUCCGGGCAAAAGACCCUGCCAUGGCCCAGUCCUGGUACAAUGCCAUCCAGGCUGGUGCUGCCAACCUUUUACCACGAGUGAAGGAGGCGUUGAAGAGCAUGCAGUCUGGCAUGGAGGUCAAACAUCUGGGCUGGAUUACAGAGCAGGUGUCUCAUGGCCCAGAGAAACCUGUACUGGCUGUGCUGACUGACAGGGAUCUGCUCCUGUAUCCUUCCUUGCCUGAAAGCAAAGAAAGCCUCAGCAGCCCCACCAAGAGUCACCCACUCAUCACCACAAGACUGGUCCACUCUGGCCCAGGAAAAAGCUCCCCUCUCCUGGACUCUGAGCUAUCCUUUGGGCUGCGUUCAGGCACCAAGCAGGGCGUGGAGACUCAUGUGUUCAGGGUGGAUUCUGCUAAGGAGCUGUCCACCUGGACUCAUCUGCUGGUGGAGGGUUGCCACAAUGCCGCUGAGCUCAUCAAGGAGGUCACCACGGCCUGCAGUUGGAACGGGAAAGAGUGCACCCUGGGAGUGCACAUCGAUGAGGGGUUCACGCUGUUCACAGAAGAAAUGGGAGUCAGGAAAAGCAUUCUGCUCCAGCAGCCCUUUGAGCGCCUCAGAAUGUCAUCAGAUGAUGGAGUUCGUAUGAUGUUUCUUGACUUUGGAGGCCCCGAGGCUGAGAUUCAACUGGACCUCCAUUGUUGCCCUAAGACCAUAGUCUUCAUCAUCCACUCUUUCCUGUCUGCGAAGGUGAAGCGACUUGGCCUCCUGGCAUGAUAAUGACCAACCAUCCAGAGCAUCAUAUUGGAAUACUGAGUAAAACAUACAGCCCAGAAGACUGAAACUCCAGAUGAUGGGGCCCAGGAAAUCAAGCUGACUAGCCUUUUCUUUUCAGCCUUCCUUGGCCUCUAAAAUUAUCAUCUGUGGUCAGGCACCCACUGGUCUUUCUAGUGGAAUGGAGGGAAAAUCGCAGCAAUGAUGGACAUUUGUUGAACUUGUAGUUGUGAGGUAAAAAAGAGAUUUUAGAAAUGGCGCAAGUCAGUAGCCACUUAAGGGAUCUGUCAGAUCUGUCACAGUAGGUCAUGACACACUAUGAUGGCUAACUGUAUGACGACAGCCUGUAUCUUAAUGUUUCUAAGCUUGAAGUCCCAAACAUUUUUUUUUUGUCCCAUUGUUUAGUGUUAUUUCAUGAGUCAUGACAGGCUUUUGUCAUGAGCAUCCUUUCAUCUUUCAAUCUUUGCUUUAUGCGCUGUGAGCAGGCAACAAAAGUUUUUUUUCACAGAUGUUCUGAUUGAUGUUGGGCAAACACUUUUAAUAAAGGCAGCUCCGGUGGAGUGACAGGAUGACGUGACUGAUCACUACACGAUCUAUAGUCUGUACUGAACAAUGUACAGAAUACAACUAUAAUGAUAUGUUGUUUAUGUGAACGGUUAAGUUGCCUUUACCCGGAUUUUUUUAUGUAAGAAGCUUUUCCAAAUGCCAACUCAGAUAUAUGUUUUAUUUCAUCUGAACAACUCAUUUUGUCUUCUUCUGUCUCUCCUGAUCCCUCAUUUUAAACAUAUGCAUAACCUGUGGCCUAACAAAGAGUUUAACAGAGUGUAUUAUAAGAGCCUUUUUUUAAAAUGUUGUUUUAGUUUAACCAUUAAAUUAGAUAAAAUGGUCCAAACAAAAAGAGACCUACCUUCAGUCUCAUUUAAUUUCUGCCCAUAUGAAGUACAGAAUCAGAGCUCUUUGUGUUCUUACCAACAAAGAUUGUCACAUUAGGGCAAUAUAGUUAGCUUAAAAAAGGCCAGUCCAUUUAAGCUAGUUCUUCUGUCUGGAUAAGUACUAUACAGUACAAAGUGUUUUGUCUGAACUUCAUCAUUUAGUCAGCAGAGAGGACAAAAAGGCAUCAUGAAACUCCCCCGACAUUACAAUAUGUUAGCGCAAAUAAUAUAUGAAAGAUGUUAAGUUGUUUACAUCAUAAAGUGUUUGAUCAUUUACUUUUUUUUUGUUUGUUUGUGUUGACUGAACAUCUACAAUUUGGGGCCUUCUUUCUCUGUGAAACACUAAACAGACUUGUAUUAAUAUAUAUUUCACAACUAAAGGUUGACUGCUUUCAAGAAUAAAAUGUGUUGUAUAUUCUUAUUUAAACAAAAGGUGUGCCUUGCAGGGUUGUUUGUAUAUAAACAUGUAAUAAACUUUGUUAACUUUUA